CUAAUGGUUAGAGACUGUCAUGCGAUUCAAGCAGUGAAUUCCCUGCUGGUUUAUUUCGAGGAUUUUUGCACAGAAUUAAUUAACAAAUAAUUAUAGGCCUAUGUGAUUACCGCGGGGUAAAGAACUGUACGUGGUUGUGGAUGUAACUGUUGCACUUUAAAUACAGACAUGAACCACUGAAGCUGAGACGGACAAGGACUGCAAUAAGCUCACGUGACGAGCUCUAUUCCCACCACCAAAAGAUCUCAAUCAUGACACCCAAAUGGCUGGUGAUAUUUUUCCUUUUUCUACAAUCUGGGACCGAAAAUGCAUUCCCUAUGGCCCCGACCAAGCUUCCCKCUGAGACAGGCACCUACAGGGUCACAGACACAAGCCUCACUCAUCUCACAGUGCACAGUCGGACGGGAGAGGUCUAUGUGGGAGCAGUGAACCGGGUCUAUAAGCUGUCUGCCAACCUAACAGAGCUGCGUUCACACAUGACUGGCCCCGUGGAUGACAACGCCAAAUGUUACCCCCCUCCCAGCGUCCGAGCUUGUGCACAUAAACUGGAGUCCUCUGACAACGUCAACAAGUUGCUGCUGGUUGAUUACGCUGGCAACCGCCUGGUAGCAUGUGGAAGCAUCUGGCAGGGUGUGUGUCAGUUCCUGCGGCUGGAGGACCUCUUCAAGCUGGGAGAGCCCCACCACCGCAAGGAGCAUUACCUCUCUGGAGCCAGGGAGGCCGACGGCAUGGCAGGAGUGGUGGUUGACAGAACAGAAGGGAAGUGGAAGAAUGAGAAGAAGGGGGGCAGCCGGCUGUUUAUCGGGGCAGCCAUCGAUGGCAAGUCAGAGUAUUUCCCUACCCUGUCCAGCCGUAAACUAGUCACUGAUGAAGAGAGUGUUAACAUGUUCAGUCUGGUCUACCAGGACGAGUUUGUGUCAUCACAAAUCAAGAUACCCUCCGACACUCUGUCCCUCUACCCGGCGUUUGACAUUUACUACGUGUAUGGAUUCUCCAGCCGUACCUACAUCUAUUUCCUGACGUUGCAGCUGGACACACAGCUCACCCAGAUGGAUGCCACCGGUGAAAAGUUCUUCACCUCCAAGAUAGUGCGGAUGUGUUCCAAUGACACCGAGUUCUAUUCUUAUGUGGAGUUCCCCCUGGGUUGCACCAAGGAUGGGGUGGAGUACCGGCUGGUCCAGUCUGCCUACAAGCACCGUCCAGGUCGGAUGCUGGCCCAGGCCUUGGGGCUGUCUGAGGACGAGGAUGUGCUGUUUGUGGUGUUCUCCCAAGGCCAGAAGAACCGGGCCAAUCCGCCUCGGGAAACAGUCCUGUGUCUCUUUACCCUGCAUCAGAUCAACCUGGCCAUGAGGGAGAGGAUCAAGUCGUGCUACCGUGGGGAAGGCAAGCUGUCCCUGCCCUGGCUGCUCAACAAGGAGCUACCCUGCAUCAACACGCCAAAGCAGAUUGGAGAUGAUUUCUGUGGGCUGGUGUUGAACCAGCCUUUGGGGGGUCUACGGGUGAUAGAGGGGACCCCUCUGUAUGACGACCGUGUAGAUGGCAUGGGAGCAGUAGCAGCCUACACCUAUGGAGACCACUCAGUGGUGUUUGUGGGAACCCGCAGCGGACACCUCAAAAAGAUCCGAGUGGAUGGCAUACCUCCCCCAUCCCAGAGUGCUUUGCUGUAUGAGACCGUUACAGUGGUUGAAGGGAAACCUAUUCUGCGUGACAUGGUAUUCAGCCCUGACUACCAAUACAUUUACCUGCUGAGUGACAAACAGGUGAGCAGGCUACCUGUGGAGAGCUGUGGCCAGUACACCACCUGCAAGACCUGUCUGGGCUCUGGAGACCCCCACUGUGGAUGGUGUGUUCUUCACAACAAGUGUUCCAGACAGGAGGCCUGUGAGAAGUGGGCCGAGCCGCAGCAUUUCAACACAGAGCUGGACCAGUGUGUGGACAUUAGUGUCACACCUAACAACAUAUCUGUGACCUCUACUUCCACCCAGCUGAGUGUGAAAGUGGUAAACGUGCCCAGCCUGUCAGCCGGGGUGACGUGUGUGUUUGAGGAGUUGACAGAGAGCCCAGGGGAGGUGCUGGCCAAGGGGCAGAUCCUCUGUAUGUCCCCCUCCCUCAGAGAUGUCCCCUCCCUCGCACAGGGAUACGGUGACAAGCGAGUGGUCAAGUUCUUCCUGAAGUCCAAGGAGACAGGCCACAAGUUCAUCACCACUGACUUCAUCUUCUACAACUGCAGCGUGCUCCAGUCGUGCACCUCCUGUGUGAGCAGCCCCUUCCCCUGCAACUGGUGUAAAUACCGCCACAUCUGCACCAACAACCUGGCUGAGUGCUCCUUCCAGGAGGGACGCGUCAGCAGCGUGGAGGGCUGUCCCCAGAUCCUGCCCACCAGUGACAUCCUGGUACCUGCAGGGAUCAUUCGUCCAAUCACGCUGCGAGCCCGGAACCUCCCUCAGCCUCAGUCUGGACAGAAGAACUAUGAGUGUGUGUUCAACAUCCAGGGAAAGAUGCAACGCAUCCCAGCUGUGCGCUUCAACAGUUCAUGUAUCCAGUGCCAGAACACCUCAUACUGGUAUGAUGGGGACGAGACGGGAGACCUGCCUGUUGACUUCUCUAUCGUCUGGGAUGGAGACUUCUUCAUCGACAAGCCUGCCACCAUGAAAGCCCUGCUGUAUAAGUGUGAGGCCCAGAGGGACAGCUGUGGCUUGUGUCUGAAGGCCAGCACAGCGUUUGAGUGUGGCUGGUGCCUGGACAACAAGAAGUGUCUCCUGAAGCAGCACUGCCAGACGCCGGAACAGAACUGGAUGCACCCCGGCAGGCACAACGUCCGCUGCAGUCACCCCCGCAUCACCAUGAUCCGCCCGUUGACGGGGCCCAAAGAGGGGGGCACGCGAGUGACGAUCGAGGGGGAGAACCUCGGGCUGCAGGUGCGGGAGAUCGCCCAUGUCCAGGUGGCUGGGGUUCGCUGUAACCCUGUGCCCUCCGAGUACAUCAGCGCUGAGAGGAUCGUGUGUGACAUGGCCGAGGCGCUACUGCCCCACUCUCCAGGUGGCCCAGUGGAGCUGUGUAUCGGGGUGUGCAGUGCAGAGUACCGCACUCAGUCAUCCCAGACCUACUCCUUUGUGACCCCCAGCUUCAACCGUGUGCGCCCGGAGAAGGGCCCCGUGUCUGGGGGGACCAGGCUGACAAUAUCAGGCCGUCAUCUGGACGCUGGGAGCACUGUCACUGUAUUCAUCGCCCAGGAGGAGUGUCUGUUUGUUAAGAGGACCAAAAGGGACAUUGUGUGUGUGACACCGUCGUCACUGUCUGGCUCAGGCCCCGCGUCAAUCAAGCUGUUCAUUGACAAAGCUGAAGUCACCAGRAGUGACACACGCUACAUCUACACAGAGGACCCCACCAUCUCCAGCAUCGAGCCCAGCUGGAGUAUAGUGAAUGGUAGCACCUUGAUCACCGUCACAGGUACCAACCUGCUCACCAUCCAGGAGCCCAAAGUCCGUGCCAAGUAUGGCGGAAUAGAGACUACUAAUGUGUGCACUGUGGUUAAUGAUUCUGUGAUGACCUGUCUGGCCCCGGGCAUCAUUUACACCAAGCACCAGGCACCAGAGUCAGGCCUGCACCCCGACGAGUARGGUUUCAUCCUGGAUCACGUGGCCGCACUGCUCGUCCUCAAUGGGACACCUUUCACCUACUACCCCAACCCCACCUUCGAAACACUAGGGAACUCUGGGAUACUGGAGGUCAAGCCUGGCUCUCCCAUUAUACUCAAAGGAAAGAAUCUGAUUCCCCCUGCUCCGGGCAACACCCGCCUGAACUAUAGCGUGAUGAUUGGUGAAACGCCCUGUCUGUUAACCGUCUCGGAGUCUCAGCUGCUCUGUGAUUCGCCAGACCUGACCGGGGAGCAGAGAGUCCUGAUUGUGGUGGGUGGUCUGGAGUACUUCCCAGGCACCCUGCACAUCUACUCCGACAGCACCCUCACCCUGCCGGCCAUCAUCGGGAUCGGGGCGGGAGGAGGGGUGCUCCUGAUCGCCAUCAUCGCCGUACUCAUCGCCUACAAGAGGAAGACCCGGGAUGCUGACCGCACCCUGAAACGUCUGCAGCUGCAGAUGGACAACCUGGAGUCCAGAGUGGCCCUGGAGUGUAAAGAAGCAUUCGCUGAGCUGCAGACAGACAUCCAGGAGCUGACCAAUGACAUGGAUGGAGUGAAGAUCCCCUUCCUGGAGUAUCGCACCUACACCAUGAGAGUCAUGUUCCCCGGUAUCGAGGAGCACCCCGUCCUCAAGGAGCUGGAUUCCCCGGCCAAUGUGGAGAAAGCCCUGCGUCUGUUCAGCCAGCUGCUGCACAAUAAGAUGUUUCUGCUAACCUUCAUACACACCCUGGAAGCCCAGAGGUCCUUCUCCAUGCGGGAUCGCGGCAACGUGGCCUCUCUGCUCAUGGCCGCGCUGCAGGGCCGCAUGGAGUAUGCCACCAUGGUGCUCAAACAGCUGCUGGCAGACCUCAUCGAGAAGAACCUUGAGAAUCGCAACCAUCCCAAACUGCUGCUCCGACGGACAGAGUCUGUGGCAGAGAAGAUGCUCACCAACUGGUUUACGUUUCUGCUGCAUCGAUUCCUCAAGGAGUGUGCGGGCGAGCCUCUGUUCAUGCUGUACUGUGCCAUCAAGCAGCAGAUGGAGAAGGGGCCUAUAGACUCCAUCACAGGAGAGGCGCGCUACUCCCUCAGUGAGGACAAGCUCAUCAGACAGCAGAUUGACUACAAACAGCUGACUCUGAUGUGUAUCCCUCCGGAGGGAGAGGCAGGCACGGAGGUCCCGGUGAAGGUGCUGAACUGUGACACGGUCACUCAGGUGAAGGACAAGCUGCUGGACGCUGUAUACAAGGGCAUCCCCUACUCCCAGAGACCCCAAGCUGACGACAUGGACCUGGAGUGGCGACAAGGUAGACUGACCAGAAUUAUCCUUCAAGAUGAGGARGUCACCACAAAGAUUGAGAGUGACUGGAAGAGGCUCAACACCRUGGCCCACUACCAGGUGACCGAUGGUUCUCUGGUAGCCUUGGUCCAGAAGCAGGUCUCAGCCUACAACAUUGCUAACUCGUUUACCUUCACCCGCUCUCUGAGCCGCUAUGAGAGCCUCCUGAGGACGUCCAGCAGCCCAGACAGCCUGCGCUCCCGUGCCCCCAUGAUCACCCCUGACCAGGAGACUGGCACCAAGCUCUGGCACCUGGUCAAGAACCACGAGCACGCUGACCAACGGGAGGGCGACCGCGGCAGCAAGAUGGUGUCUGAGAUCUAUCUCACCCGCCUACUGGCAACCAAGGGAACUCUGCAGAAGUUUGUUGAUGAUUUGUUUGAGACGGUGUUCAGCACGGCCCACCGCGGCAGUGCCCUCCCUCUGGCCAUCAAGUAUAUGUUUGACUUCCUGGACGAGCAGGCCGACAGGAGGCAGAUCACUGACCCGGACGUCCGCCACACCUGGAAGAGCAACUGUCUGCCCCUGCGUUUCUGGGUGAAUGUGAUCAAGAACCCUCAGUUUGUGUUUGACAUCCACAAGAGCAGCAUUACGGACGCCUGUCUGUCUGUCGUGGCCCAGACCUUCAUGGACUCCUGCUCUACAUCAGAGCACCGCCUGGGCAAGGACUCACCCUCCAACAAGCUGCUGUACGCUAAAGACAUCCCCAACUACAAGAGUUGGGUGGAGAGGUACUACAGAGAUAUCAGUAAGAUGCCUACCAUCAGUGACCAGGACAUGGAUGCUUAUCUGGUGGAGCAGUCUCGUCUCCAUGGCACCGAGUUCAACACUCUCAGUGCUCUCAGUGAGCUCUACUURUACAUUAACAAGUACAAAGAGGAGAUUUUGACWGCACUGGACAGGGAUGGGUACUGCCGCAAACACAAGUUGCGACAAAAACUGGAACAAGCCAUUAACCUUAUGUCGGGCAGAUGUGAAGCCCUCUCCUCGUAG